GUUCUCCGUGUUUGACCCACGCUGAAAGCAGCCCUUUCUAAAUGACGGAGGGGCUGUAAUUUGAGAUUAGAGGAGAGGUGUUAUUAACCCAAACCCGAGCGCGGUACUCCAGACAUCCAGAUGUUGCGUUUGAGGCACCGGGAGAAGUCGGGACUGUUGCCUCUCGGCUGCGAGACUUAACUUUUAUUCGUCUCUUUCGAGUCUGUCUGACGGAAUCGCGCUUUUAAAUCCUCCCAAAUGUGUUUUUAGAGGGGAAAAACGAAAUUCUAGUGGACUUUAAACUACUUCAAAGACUUUAUAGCUGUCCAGUUUGAACUUUUGAAUGUGUGCGCACUAGAAUGAAGUAGUCUAUCUAUCCAUCUAUCAAUAGGAGUUUGUUACGAUUUAAUCUCGAACUUUUCACCAGUGUGUGUGGAUUGAGGGGGUAUCAUGUCUGUUUUUCACGUCAUCCUGACUGCGUGGAUGUUGUCACUUUCGGCACGUGGGGCGUUUUACCGGGGACCGUUACAUCCGGAGAUGUCAAACGGGACUUUUCAUCACUAUUUUGUCCCGGACGGAGACUACGAGGACAACGACGACCCGGAAAAAUGCCAGAUGCUUUUCAAAAUGACCGACGAGCGAAAGUGCAGUCUGGCCGAGGACCAGGACUUCGUCAUCAGGGAUGACUUCACCAUCGUCAAGCGGCAGAUCGAGGACUCGGCCCGGGUGCUGGAGGGCAUCGCCAAAAGCAUCUCCUUCGACCUGGACGGAGAGGACAGCUACGGGACGUACCUGCGCAGGGAGACGGGGCAAAUCAGUGAGGCGUUUACAAACUCGGAAAAAUCCCUGCUGGAGCUGGAGGUGAAGUUCAAGCAGAGUCAAGAGAGCGACCUGAAGGAGGAGAGCCGGCUCAGUGAUGACUUUGUCAACAUGGUUCUGCACACACGAGACGUCCUGAAGGAGACACUGGACAUCUCUCUGGGCCUGAAGGACAGACAUGAGCUGCUGUCUCUGAUCAUCCGGAGCCACGGGUCGAGACUGAGCAGGCUGAAGAACGAGUACCUGAAGUUCUGAUGGUGGAAAACACUUUCGCUCAUCACACCACCUCUAGUUUUGGGUGGCGUGAGUAAAAAUUCAGGGACAUCCAGUCAAAACAGAAGACUCAAUCCACGUUUUGUUUUGUUGUGUUAGUCUUGGACACAGUUGCCAAUAUCUUAAGUUUCCCAACAUUAACACCCCCCAAAAUGACUUAAAUCUACGUGAAUCAUACACCAGAUCAACGAAACUUAGCUUCAAAUCUGAUUUAGAACAGUUGUUGGCAUCUUUUCAUUUGAUAAUGCCGUGUGUGACAUGGUCUGAUUGUGUGCAUAUACAAAACUGUGAUGUAAAGAAUGGUAAAUAUUAACCAUUGACCUUUAUAUGAGAACUGGAUGGAGUGACCCCUCCUCCGUCGCGCUUCAAACAGGAAGUAGCUGCUGGCUCCAAAAUCCCAUAGAUUUCUAUUAAGAAAUGAACAGCUAUUUAGACGACUCUGUCAUUACAUUUGUCAAAGUCACAAGUGACAAGUUGAUUUUAUUUGAUUUAAAUAUUUAAAAAAAUAUAUUCUUGUUUAUUAAGAUUAAUAGAAUAUGAAAUGAUGUGAUGGUGUGUGACAGAAACCUCUUUGGGUUUUUACAUUCUUGCUCUGCUGCCUUUUUUUUAACAUGUUCCCUAUUUUUUUUUUCUUUUUUCAUGAAAUUUUUUCAAUAUUGCAGUAUUUGGCCCAUUUAAAUUAUACGCUGACCAAUCAGAUGCCUCAAUUAAAGUACUGGUCCCUAUAUGUUUAUUGACUGUUCGACUUAUAUGAUUGACCAAUCACUGACGACUUGCGACUCCAACAUGGCGACGUCCAUAUCGCGAAAAAAUUAUUGAAACGACUUUAUUUCACCGGAGCCAGAAAUUAGCCAUUUUCACACGUGCUCAGUCCAGUUUUCAUAUACAGUCAGUGAUAUUAGCAAAAAUUACUUCAGUAAAUAAAUAAAUUCUCACUUCAGUGUUAAUGCAUGCUUGUAAAACAACUGCUUUUAUACAGCCAGCCAGCUGAAGAAGGGAACGCUGUAACGUUCCAAAAGAAAGUUUCCACACCUCGCUUCUCUGACUGAGAACAGAGCAGAUUUUGUGGAGGGCUGGAGGAUUCUGGGACGGGCUUAAAAUCUGUACACGUGGUGAGUCAGUUUAUGUGUCAGUGUCUGUAUUUCUAUCCUGAACGCUGCGUUUUUGACCUAAAAUACAGCAUUUGGAUAAUGUAUUAAAAUGCUGCCCAAAAAAAAAGCUGUGCAUUUCUCUGACAGCUCAUAUAUAUGUAUAUAAGUGUAAGAAUGUCUAAAUAAUGUAUCCCUUUUCCUUUGAUUUUAUAGGCUUGCAGACUUUGCACAUUCCUUCACUGUUCUGGUUCUAUAGAUCGGGACAUGAAUUUAAAUGCAAAGUGUUUGUGGCGGCUGCACAGACGGAAUCCUCUCAUAAAAUGUAGAUAAAAACAAAGUGCCAAUGCUUUUUUUUCUUGGACUCUGAACGCCAACAUCAUUCCUAGUUGCGUAUGGAAAGCUUUGAAACCAAAGACAUUGUAUUUAUCUUGUGCAUGACUUGCUUUGAUGGAUAAGACUGCAGAGAGCACUCAGUAAAUUCUGAUUUGUAUGAUGGAUCGUCAGGCGUCUUCUCAAAUAAAGUACUUGGGUUGAAAAUGGAA